CUCCAUGGUGACCGCGAGUCGUUUGGGGAAGGGCUGCCUGGGUGUGAGACUUCCAGCGGAAGAUAGAAACAUUAAAGGGUUUUUUCGAGAUGGCGGGAACAUCAAGACAUGAUCGAGAGAUGACGAUAAACGCCAAGCGUCAGCUCUCUGAGUGUUCAGACCCGGUGGAGAAACUCAGACUGCAGUGUCUGGCCCGAGGAUCGUCUGGGAUUAAAGGUCUGGGCAGGCCUCUGACUCAUGUCAUAACGUGUUAUAUCAGAACCUUCAAAAUAAUGGACGAUGACAACAACCGCUCCCUGGACUUCAAAGAGUUCCUGAAGGGUCUGAACGACUACGGGAUCCUGAUGGAGAAACAGGAGGCCACCACUCUGUUCCAGCACUUCGACCGUGAUGGGAGUGGGAUGAUCGACUUCGAAGAGUUUCUCAUCACCCUGAGGCCACCCAUGUCUAAGGCCAGGAAGGAGGUGGUCAUGCAGGCGUUCAGGAAGCUGGAUAAGACCGGUGACGGGGUGAUCACCAUUGAAGACUUGCAGGGGGUUUAUAACGCCAAGUACCACCCCAAGUAUCAGAACGGAGAGUGGACAGAGGAUCAGGUCUUCAGGAAAUUCCUGGACAGCUUUGACUCUCCGUAUGACAAAGAUGGAAAGGUGACCCAAGAGGAGUUUAUCAACUAUUACUGUGGAGUCAGCGCCUCCAUCGACAGUGACGUCUACUUUAUUCUAAUGAUGAGAAACGCAUGGAGGCUCUGAACCAACUCAGAGGACGUGGAACCGUCACCAACUGUUAAAGAAACCAUCAAGGAGCUUCUGUCAUUAAUCACCAUUACAAUCUUGAUCUGAUCUAUAACUUUGUUACCAAUUUCUUUCCAAUGAAGUAGUAAGUAUCAUAGUUAAGAGUGAUUUUGUCCUUUUUUAAAACUGGAUUAUUAUCUUCAUGUAUAUUGAAUCAUGUUGUAAUGGAGAUUAACUUGUGGAAAAAACAUUUAGUUCCCAUUUUUCUACUUUAUUGUACAUCUCUAUGCAACACAAUUGGCUUUGUUUAAAUAAAAACCAUUGGUUAAACAACAGGUUGUAACAGGUACAGUCACACAUCAUCCUCACGUUUAUACAGUGUAUUUAGUUCAGAUCAAUGUGGAGUGAAUAUGUUCUGAGUAAAUAAAGCGUAAAUACAUUCUGAGUAUUUAUUCCAGCCGCUGUGGAGGAAACAUGAGGUGUAGGUUGUGUCAGGUAUUUGAAGAAGCAGCAUUGUGUUUGGCAUUUUCCAUCACUACAAACUGAAAGUGUUAGCUUGUCUGCAGACUGUUCAGCACUGUCGUCAUGACGAUGUCAGAUACCAGCAGCUUUUUUUAAAGGACCUCUCUGUGUUUUAUGUUUUACUUCAUUAAAAAACUUUAAUGAAUCCUCAUACAGACAGGUGACAGGUGAGAACUGAUGUUGAUGAAAGGUCUAUUAGGAACUCUGAAGCUGCAUUAUUUAGAGAACAUGAAGGAGGUUCUUGGUCAAUUGUUUAGUUGUAGAGGUUGUUUGGGUGGUUUUUGUGGUCCUUUGGAGCUCCUAGUUAUUGAGAAGGUUCUAGGGAUCUUUAAAAUGGUUCUAGUGGUUCUCUGGGUGGUUCUAGUUAUUGAGGAGGUUCUGGGUAUCUUUAAAGUGGUUCUAGUGGUCCUUUGGGGGGUUCUAGUUAUUGAGGAGGUUCUAGGUAUCUUUAAAGUGGUUCUAGUGGUCCUUCGGGUGGUUCUAGUUAUUGAGGAGGUUCUGGGUAUCUUUAAAGUGGUUCUAGUGGUCCUUUGGGGGGUUCUAGUUAUUGAGGAGGUUCUAGGUAUCUUUAAAGUGGUUCUAGUGGUCCUUCGGGUGGUUAUAGUUAUUGAGGAGGUUCUAGGUAUCUUAAAAGUGGUUCUAGUUGUUCUUUGGGUGGUUUUACUUAUUGAGGAGGUUCUAGGGAUCUUUAAAGUGGUUCUAGUGGUCCUUUGGGUUGUUCUAGUUAUUGAGAAGGUUCUAGGGAUCUUUAAAUGGUUCUAGUGGUCCUUUGAGUGGUUCUAGUUAUCAAGGAGGUUUAUCUUUAAAGUGGUUCUAGUGGUCCUUUGAGUGGUUCUAGUUAUUGAGGAGGUUCUAGGUAUCUUUAAAAUGGUUCUUGUGGUCCUUUGGGUGGUUGUAGUUAUUGAGAAGGUUCUAGGUAUCUUAAAAGUGGUUCUAGUUGUUCUUUGGGUGGUUGUAGUUAUUGAGGAGGUUCUAGGUAUCUUUAAAGUGGUUCUUGUGGUACUUCGGGUGGUUCUAGUUAUUGAGGAGGUUCUAGGUAUCUUAAAAGUAGUUCUAGUUGUCCUUUGGGUGGUUCUACUUAUUGAGGAGGUUCUAGGGAUCUUUAAAGUGGUUCUAGUGGUCCUUUGGGUGGUUCUAGUUAUUCAGGAGGUUCUAUGGAUCUUUAAAAGUGGUUCUAGUUGUCCUUUGGGUGGUUCUAGUUAUAGAGGAGGUUCUAGGUAUCUUUAAAAUGGUUCUAGUGGUCCUUUAGAUGGUUCUAGUUAUUGAGGAGGUUCUAGGUAUCUUAAAGUGGUUCUAGUGUCCUUUAGAUGGUUCUAGUUAUUGAGGAGGUUCUAGGUAUCUUUAAAGUGGUUCUAGUGGUCCUUUAGAUGGUUAUAGUUAUUGAGGAGGUUCUAGGUAUCUUUAAAGUGGUUCUAGUGGUCCUUCGGGUGGUUCUAGUUAUUGAGGAGGUUCUAGGUAUCUUAAAAGUGGUUCUAGUUGUUGUUUGGGUGGUUCUAGUUAUCGAGGAGGUUCUAGGGACCUUUAAAGUGGUUCUAGUGGUUCUUUAGGUGGUUGUUUUGGCAACUGAUGAGGUUUUAAGUGUCAUUGGUUAUAGGGAUUAUUUAGGUGGUUCUUGUCCUUCAUGUGGCUCCUGUAGUCAUUGAAGAGGUUCUAAGUAUCCCUCGCGUGGUUCUAGUAGUCAGUGAAGGGGUUCAAAGUGUCCUCUUUGUGGUUCUAAGGAUGGUUUCUGUGGUUCCUCAGGUCAAUUAGAAGGUUCUGGCUUGUUUUUUGUGGUUCUACAGGAGAUUAUUGAGGUCAUUUGGGAGGUGUUACAGUCCUUUAGGUGGUUUUAGUGGACCUUAACAAGGUUCUAAGGUUUCUCUUUAUGUGGAUGAAGACUAUGGGAGAUGUUGUAGUGAUGUGUUACAGAGAACCCUCCUCAAUUGAAGAAUUGACGACCAGGAGCAGUACAGAUGUUCUCAAGACUCGUGGUGGAACAACAGCGGACUCACACUCUUUAGUUCAGAAUGACUUUCAUGUGUCACUGUACAGGGGUUCAAUAAUGUCAGCUGAUGGAUGAACUGAGCCUUUAACCAAUCAGCUGCCUGGACGGUCACAUGCAGAACCACUGGUACAAUCUAAGACUCCUCCCACAAUCACCUGGACGACAGCAGACAACUAAAAACGCGUCCAGAUACGACACGUGACAUAUUAUGAAAACAGAUCUGAUAUUAUUAUUAUUAUUAUUAUUAUUAUUAUCAUAAAAGCAACUAAAUACACAAAAAGCUACAUGUCAGUAUUUCUGGGUGUUUCGCCCCAUUUAUCAAACUGCUACACCUUCACUCACAAACUUACAAAAUAAAAGCUCUUCAUCAAAAACUUUCUCGUUGUCAUAAUAAACUGUCAGAGAUCCUUUAACUGCUACAGAAGAUUUAAAUGUUUUUUUUUAAAUCAAUAAUAAAAGCAUGCAUGUUUUUGCAGAAUAACAUAAUGAAUGGACUUUUAUUUUGAAGACUGAAGUGUGACCUCAGAGUCAGUCUCUCGGGGAGCUCUCAUGGUCCCAUACCAUCAGUCAGUAUCCAUGGUAACCACUAGUCACAGGGCGUGGUCACCGUAACGACAGAUUGUUUGACUUGAAGGAUUUUAGUGAGAGUCUCCAGCCAUGCUAGCAGCUCUGUGAGACUCUGUCCAGCUGAGGCUGAUACUUGUUCAUACAGCAAAGAUGAUGAUGGUGCUGUGUGAAACGUCAGCAGGAUUCAUCCUGAGGGGAUCAUGAAGUAAAAGACACUGAGAAAUUUUCACAGAACAGAGGAAAAGACUGACCUGCUGGUUCAUCUUCUGAGGAGCAUGAACAACUGGGAAAAUGUUGUGGAGACAAUGUUAAUGUCAAAUUUCUCUGAUUACUGUCGAGUUGUUUCACUAGAGGACCCGUCAGGAUCAAAGUCAGAGGGAUUCAUCCUCUAGAGAACGUGGACAUCUGUACAGAUGUGACGUGGAGCAGGAGGA